CUUUUUCCUUCCAUCAGAUUGUGGAAAUCGACCUUUAUAUAAUACUUUAUCACCUGAGUCCCAAAAUCAAAAGGAAUUAAAUGCAGAGAAGGGAGAGUGGCCCUGGGUAGCCAGCAUCCAGCGAUUGGACAUGAAUACCUAUGAACACAUCUGCACCGGGACCGUCCUGAACAACCAGUGGAUUUUUACAGCUGCCCACUGCUUCAGGCAUCUCAAUGGAGAGAAUGAUAUAAAGUCAUUGCAAGUUGUGCUUGGGGCACACCUGCUGUCGGAAAAAGAAAAACAUAUUCAAGUUCUUAAUGUUAAGCAGAUAAUUCAGCAUGAACUAUAUGAUCCUAAAGUGCAGUAUUAUGAUAUUGCAUUGAUUCAACUGAAUAAACCUGUUCAACUGAAUGACUACGUUCAACCAGCUUGUUUACCAAUGUCGUCUGCCACACUUGAGCCCCUGACAGAGUGCUAUUUGGCAGGAUGGGGGGUUCGUGAUGAAGGCGAUGAACCAGUGGCUAUCAUGCAAGAAGUAAAAGUUGAAAGGAUUAACAGCAAACGCUGUAACAAAACCUAUUUAGGAGCUAUACAAGAAUAUCACCUGUGUGCAAGCCAAAAGGCAAAUAUGAAAAGCUGCCAGGGGGACAGUGCUGCACCCCUCAUGUGCAAAAGAAAAACAUCCACGAUCUUCUCUGUGAUCGGAAUAGCAAGUUGGGGAUCAGGCUGUAGCCAAAUUAAUUCCCCUGGGAUUUACACCUCAACUAAGGACUUUGUAAAGUGGAUGGUUGAAAAAGUCACUAGUGAGGAAAUAAAAAGCAAAACUAAGGUUAAGGAAUCUGUUCUGAAAAUGAUCGUUCCCUUUGAAAAACCUCCUAACCCAAGUGCAAAGGAGGAAAAGAAUGUGGAAUCUUCAGUUCAGAAAUCUCAGAAAAUUCCUUUUAGCAAAACAAUGAAUCUGCUAAUGCAAAUGACUACCAGUGCAAGUAAGCAUUUGCAACAGUUGCCAGCUAUAACCAGCACUCCAGAGAGCAAACCAAUUUACCAAACGCAACCUCCUGAAAUUCCUGUAACUCGUAUUCAGGAAAACAGAUCUCUAAAGAAGCGUAAAAAACAACUUAUAAUGCAAAAGCACCAAGAAGCCUUAUCUAUUGCACCAAAACUUAUAGAAACAGAGCAAAACCUUGAAGACCAGUCCCAGGAUGCUCAGUCUGAGCAAACAAAUACUGUGCUACAACAACUUAUUAGUGCUGCACUUAAGCUAAAAGCAGGGAUAUUGGGACUGUUCCAAAAAACUGCAGUUUUAGCUGAGCCUGGCACUAGAUGAGAUAUUACCAUAUGAAGACAGUACCAGUGGUGUAACAAUAGAGGAAGCAGACCAACAGCU